CUUUAUUUCCAUAUGCGUGCCCUACAUGAAGUGGCAGGCCCGAAAGGGGCCGCCCCGGGGUCACCGACUCGCUCCUAGCCAUAUAUGUCACCUAGUGGAUCCUCCGUCAGUCAGAUGAUCCUCAUCGGCCGACCUCGCAUCAUUCCAGAAUGUGGUCCAGAAGCCCAGGAGCGGGACGUGGUCCCUCCAUCAAACAGACCCCCCAUGGGCCAGACCCCCCGUCGGUCAGACCCCCUGUCGGCCAGACACCCCGUCGGCCAAGGGGACUUCGCAGAGACAGAUUCUAUACUUAAUCAAAUUAUUGUAUCCAGUCCAUUAGAGGUCUUAUAUUGUAAUGACCCUCCCAAACCAAGACUUGGGAGUCCAGCCCAUACUUUUCCCUAU